AUGACCAUCGACACCACCCCCGCCUCGAACACAGUCCUCAUCACCGGCGCUGGCGGGUGGCUCGGGGGGCUGCUGUCCGACGCGAUCCUGGCCGACCCCUUGACGCCCAACGCGCGCCUCAUCCUCGCGGACAUUGUCGAGCCGCGCGCGCCGGCCACGAGCACAAAGGCCAACGUGAUCACGCGCAAGGCCGACCUGUGCGACGCGGCUGCGAUCGACGCGCUCUUCACCACGCCCUUCGGCGCGCCCGACACGGUGUACUGCCUGCACGGGAUCAUGAGCCGGGGCUCAGAGGACGACUUUGACCUCGGCCUCCGCGUCAAUGUCGACUCUGUGCGCGCGCUGCUCGACCGCGCGCGCCGUGUCGAGGGCGCCCAGAGGCCCAAGUUCAUCUUCACGUCCAGCUUGGCCGUGUAUGGCGGCCCGCUGCCCGACGUCGUCACCUCCAGCACGAUUGCCACGCCCGAGGGCGCAUACGGCACGGGCAAGCUCGUCGCUGAGCUCCUCGUCAACGAGUACACCCGCCGCGGGUUCGUCGACGGGCGUAUCCUUCGCCUGCCGACGAUCGUCGUGCGUCCCGGCGCGCCGAGCGCAGCGACGUCGUCCUUCCUCUCGGGCAUCAUCCGCGAGCCGCUCCAGGGCCAGCAGGCGCUGUGCCCCGUCGGCUCGAGCCUCGACUCGCCCGAGCUCGAGCUGGCAGCGUGGGUUGCCAGCCCCGAGACGACGAUCCGCAACUUUGUCAUUGCCAAGCAUGUGCCCGCGGCGUCGUUCCUCCCGCACACGCGCGCGGUGUACCUCCCCGGCUUCACUGUGACCGUGAGGCAGGAGCUCGAGGCCCUCACCGAGGUCGCUGGCCCCGAGGCCCUCAAGCUCGUCUCGUUCAAGGACGACCCGACCAACCGCCGCAUUGUCAGCUCGUGGCCCGCGCGCUUUGACAACGACUACCCCCUCGGCCUGGGCUUCACCGCCGACGCUGGUGGCAUGGUGCCCAUUGUGCGCCGCUUCCAGGCCGCCCUUGAGGCGCAGCAGAAGUAG